AUGGAUGUUGACAAGGCGAGGUCAGAUCUCAGAUUCAGCAUUCUUCCUGACGGGAACGACAACUCUAACCUGUUCAAGAUUGACGCAGUUUCUGGUAACAUCACAUUCUCCAAACGUGUGGACAGGGAAAGUGUGUGCCAGUUGUCAAGAGUUUGUGAGUUCAGUUUUGGAGUUGCCGUUAGUGGUGGCAACAACUUCUUCAGGAGAAUCCCUGUGAAAGUUGCUAUCCUGGAUCUCAACGACAACAAUCCUGUGUUUCCUGAUCCGGCAACGGUUGAGAUAAGAAUCAGCGAGGAUGCACCUGAAAACUUCACUCACCCCCUACCUGUGGCCUCAGACGCUGACAGCAGCGUGGAGUUCGGCAUUAGCUCGUACACCAUCGAGCCUCCCAGCGACACGUUUCGUUUGGACAUCUCGCGAAACUUCCUCGGCGUUUCCCAGGUUAGCUUAGUUGUAUCCCAGAAACUGGACAGAGAAGUUACCGAUAACUAUCAACUCGUGAUCGUUGCUAAGGAUGGAGGCCAGCCAUCAAGAAGUGCAACUUUGAAUGUGAAUGUCAUUGUUGGUGAUGUUAACGACAACCGCCCACAGUUUGUGCAGAAGACCUACAACGUUGAGGUCACAGAAGAUGCAACACUAGGAGAUAACAUCAUCACUGUCUCGGCAUCUGAUGAUGAUAUCGGAGAUAACGGGAAAGUUGUGUAUUCACUUUCCUCUCUAGGAUCUGGAAACGCCGGGAAAAUUGUGGACAAGAUCAACAUCAAUACUAGCACAGGCGAGGUCACUUUGGUCCAGACGCUGGUCAACGGUGAGUACAGGUUUUGGGUAGACGCCCACGACCUGGGCAGUCCUCGGAGGUAUGACCAAACUCUGGUCUCACUAACAGUUCUGGACACGAUGAAUAACCAACCGACCGUUAGAAUGAACCCAGUUCAGAAAGAUAACCUGCCUUUUGGUUGGCUGCUCGAGGGGUUGGAGAUCAACACAGUGGUGGCUGUAGUCAGUGUGGACGAUCCUGAUUCGGGAAACAACGGGGAAGUGACUUGUCAGAGCCAGAACUCGAACUUUCUACUUGAGAGCCUGGAGUCCAGACGGUACAAAUUGAUGAUAGGGCGGACUCUGGAUAGAGAAGUCAAGACCACAUACAUGGCAACAGUUACGUGUCGGGACCAAGGGAAUCCCAGUCUGUCUUCCACAGCCAGUAUGUUGAUAACUCUUGUUGACGUCAACGAUAACUCUCCUCGUUUCCCUCAGGAGUCGUACUUAUACAACAUUGUAGAAAAUAACAUGAAGGGGGACACUGUUGCCAUCAUCACCGCUUCAGAUAAGGACGAUGGUCAGAACGCAGUGGUGGAAUACAAGUUGGUCAAUGACGGCGGAAACUUCAGUAUCUCACCAAGCACUGGGAUCAUCACAGCCAAUAUCAGGUUUGACCGCGAGCGUGUGGCCCAGUACACUUUCCAUGUUGUGGCUGUAGAUCAUGGCCAACCUUCCUUAAGUGGUACAACCACCGUCACAGUGAACAUCCUUGACCUUAACGACAAUGACCCAAUUUUCUCGCUGCAGGAGUACAACUUCCGGCUGUACGAGAACAAAAAACCGGGAAGUCUAGUUGGCAACAUUUCUGUCACCGAUCCCGAUCUUGGUGUUGAGGGGACCGUCUCUCUUUCUUUGAAACCUGCAGAUGACAAAGAUGGUGUCCCAUUUGCUAUUGACCAUCAAGGAAAGAUCUUGACUCUACAAAAGUUUGACAGAGAGCAUAAGAACAUGUACAGUUUUGUUGUGGUUGCCACUGAUAAUGGAUUUCCCAAGCGGUCGUCGUCUGUCCGAGUUAGCAUUGACAUUUUAGACAUCAAUGACAACGCUCCGGUGUUUGUGUUCCCCAGUGAACGAAAUUACUCCACUACCGUAAACAUGCCUGUUCAAAAAGACGCCGUCAUCCUACACGUAGAUGUGUAUGACCCAGACGACAACCGAAACGGCCUCGUCACUCAUUCAAUCGUCGACAACAACGCUUCACAACUCUUCACGAUAGAGACGCUUUCUGGACAUCUUGUGGCCAGAACAAAUUUAAACAACCCUAAUAUGGCCGGUACAUACUAUAUCACCAUCAACGCUACAGAUCAGGGUUCGCCACCAUUGUGGCAGACGAGAACUCUUCAUUUGACCCUCCUGUCGGACUCAACUUCUUCCGGUGAGGUCAUAGCGGAUCAGAACUUGUUGAUAGUGGCAUGUAUUGUCUGUUUUACGGUCAUCAUCUCUGGCGUGGUCCUAGUGGCCAUCUGUUUGGUCCGCAGCCAGGACCGCAGGAAGAAGAUCCACUAUCAUGCUUCCGUGUGUCGUGAGCUAGCUGUUGACUGUGACACGGGGCUCACCAGUCAGUGUGGUCAACAGUACAGUGUGGAGGGAUCAGACACCAGCCGUCACGGUCAAGAUGACUUCAACAGCACUGCCUCCACCGAGACUGGGACUGGAGCCAUCUGCCUACAAUCAGGGAUCGACACCAGCCGCACGGUCAAGAUGAAAACUUCCCGCCUGAGAGCCAAUAGUUGCUCUGUGAGAUUUGAUCCUUGUGUCACGGAUAUAUAUGAUCAAAGGCACCCUUUGAGAUCACAGCCAAAUGCCCCGCCCAUCAGAGGCAGAAGCAGCAGUGUUCCCUGUUCAGCAUUACCCCAACAUCAGCCAUAUACUGGUGAAUUAAAGAAACACAGAAUCCAGCACACUCCAGUCAUUCAUCAGCAAACAUUUGGACAGUCCCAGCUAACCCACUCGUACCAACCGAACAGCGACAAAGGAGCAAGAUCCCACUAUCCCAAUAAAAGGCCUAUUCUACCUUCGUUGUCUUCACUGGGGGACAGUUGUAACGAGGACAGUGACCUCAACACCACCACUUCAGGUAGCUACAGCGUUAUCUCAGAUAAAACCUUCCAUACCCAAGGCCCAGAAAGGACACAACUCAGGGACUGGCAGGUGUGA